AUGGAGGCGAAUUCCAUAGGAGCAAUGAUGGCACAAGAAGAUGUGUUUGGUGUUGAACAUGCUGUCUACUAUCUGAGUAAAAACUUGCUGCCAUACGAAGAGAUAUACUCUCCAAUAGAAAAGAUGUGCUUAGCAGUCAUAUGGACCACCAAGAAGUUACGACACCACCACCAGUCUUAUCAGUACGUCAAUAAGAAACUAAUCAAAGGUAGAGCCGUGGCAGAAUUCUUAGCACCACACCCGAUAGAAAAUGAUGAGCCAUGGGAUUUCAAAUUCCCUGAUGAAGGGCUGGCAGCCAUUUCAGUCCAAGGAUGGACGAUGUACUUCGAUGGAGCAGACAAUCAAAAAGGAGCAGGAGUAGGCGUUCUCCCAAUCACACCUGAAGGGGAACACAUACCCCUGGCAAAGAAACUCAAUUUCGAGUUGACAAACAACAUGACUGGGUACGAGGCCUGCAUCUUCGGACUAGAAGCUUUGAAAGCAGUCAACGCUAAGAAUGUACAAAUCUAUGGAGACUUCAUGCUGGUAGUAUAUCAAGCUAAAGGAGAAUGGGAAGUCAGAGAGGAAAGACUGAAGCCUUAUCAUGACCAGUUAACCAGCCUUCUAUUCGGAUUCGAGAGUUGUAUUUUCUCUUACCUUCUGAGGGAAGAAAAUUAA